GCUAAAAGGAAUUGAUUACGAAUUUUGUUUUGAUGUUAACUGGGUACUUUCGGAUCUAGAAGUGCGUGAUAAUUCAAUAAUGAGUAAUGACCAAACAAAACCGUACUACGCCGUUGUUUCUGGUAUAUGUGCUUCAUCGGCUAGCUUUUUCGGAAAGCUGAGCUCGUUCGGCGAACAGCUGGCUGACAACAUCGGUAACAAACAGUUAAAACUACUUAUCCAAAUCUUAUGCAUCGGAACUAUGGUUUUACUCAACGCUUGCGUCUGGCGAUUUUUCGUGAAGGCUCUUCACACAAACGGGGGAACACUGGUCGCGUCACUCGUUAGUGCCGCCACUAAUUACACUGCUUCGGCAAUCCUAGGUUGGCUCAUAUUUCAUGAACAAACAUCAGUAUGGUGGUGGAUUGGAACUGCUUUUGUACUAGGAGGACUACUUUUGAUAGUGAACGACGACGAAGAAGAAAAAACAAAAAGUAAACAGAAAUAGAAAACAUAUUUUUAAUAUUGUAAAAAAAUACUUAUUUUUGAUUGUGAACAAUGCUUCACAAAGGUGUCUGAUCCAGCAACGUGAUAAAGAUUUAUAAAUAAUAUAUCAUUCAUAAAGUAGUUCUGAUAGCAGAUUUCACUCUACUAAUUGUUGCAGCUAUAGGGUUGAUUAU